UGUUUGUUUGGAAAUUCAUGUAUUUCAAAGUUUUCAAAGGAGCUAGCGCACCGUGAAUGCUUCCUAUAAAUCUUUUCAAAUUUGGGUCGCACAGCGCUAUUCAUUUGCAAAUGAUAAUCAUACAGUGUACACAUCCGGGGUGCACGUGAACAUUUGGGUGAUUUUAAUUGUUCUGAUGUCGUCAUCAGAGAGCGAAAGAUUAUCUACUGUGAAAAUGUGGUCUGAUUCGCAGCACAGUAAGUCAAUUGGUGAAUGUCGUACACCACUGCCUCCUCUUCGUUGAACUUCCAAGUACCAAUGUCACAUCAUUUAAAGGACUUCUCCAUUGAUUAGAAAGCUGAUUUUCCACCAUGAUCUGCUAUCAUCACAGCUUGAAGAAUGGAUAGAGGGAUUCUAAAACUAGUGUUUCUAUUCAUCUUAUCGGAUGCGCUUCCCCAUGUAUUAAGCAGAGGAAGGUUCUGCAACAACCCGUCCCCACCAAUUUGUGCCGACGAUUGCGAUGGGAAUGGCUACUAUGUCAGUGCAGAUUGGGCUUAUUGUAUCCGGUGUCCACAGUGUCCGGCUGGAGAGGAACUUAACAAGGACUGUGGGAACGGCUUGAAUGGGGAUGCAGCAUGCCAACCAUGUCAACAGGGUUUCUUUUCGUUAGACACCUCCAAGCGUUGCACCCCUUGCGCUACCUGUACCAAUACACAGGAGCUCGAGCCAUGUCAGCCGACACAGAAUAGAGUGUGUGGCGAAUGCCUUCCAGGCUUUGUCCGAAGGUCUGGCCGCUUCUCGACAGACCCCAACGCCUGUCUAGAUAGGUGUUCGGACCUUCCCCGUGAUACCCCCCAGUGCAGAGAUUGGUGGGCAAACCAAGGGGAAGAACUAAGACCGGAAGAUGCCCCCCAGGAGAACCCCCCUGUAGAUCUAGACAGGCCUGCUGAAGAAGUGCCCCCAGAUGACCUUGACCACUGUGAGCCUGAACCUCCUUCGUGCAUUGAUCACUGUCACGAUGGAAACUUCUUCUUAGACUAUGAUGGACUAUGUAAGGCGUGUUUGACCUGUCAGCCAGGAGAACAACUUAAUAAGGUUUGUGGCAGAGGAAAGAAUGGUGAUGCUUACUGUCGACCAUGUCCCAAAGGAACGUUUUCAGAAGACGGGCUACAACGAUGUUCUCCCUGCCGAAUCUGCGUCAACACUGUUGCGACAGAGUGUUCUGCUUCAAGAGACACCCAAUGCGGAGAAUGUCUUCCAGGAUACUACCAAGACGCAGAUGGAUAUUUUCCCGACAGCGGAGCCUGUCCGAACAAGUGCCCUGAAUGUCCUAACCACAUCCCUCAAUGUCAAGCAUGGUGUGAAUCAAAGAAGAAUUCUGAUCAGGAUCCUGGGAUUCCUGCAGUUCCUGGAGAGCCUGUCGAAGAAGAUCCGAAGGAUCAAGUCGUAUCGGAAGUGGCUGCAGUUGCAGACAUCUUCCAAUCCGAUACUGACAAUGAACUCAACGACGAGGCUAAAGCUCCUUCGUCCACACAUGGAACUUAUAUGACCAUCUUCAUAGUAAUUGUUUCCCUUCUCGCUGUCGUCAUCAUUGUCCUGAUCAUCGUCGCCAUCGUUUUCCGUAUCCUAUGGAAGAGGGGAAAUGGCUCGACUCCGUCUACUACAACUGAAACGCCGUUCAUACCAACCCCGAGUGAGACGCCCUCUCUCUCCAGAUCUCCAACAACUGUCUACAAUCCAACUGUCUCUCCAAUUUCGUCUGAAGACGGCUCCUUGGAAUUCUUGAAUUUUUUAAGGAAUUUAUCAAGUAGUGCUCUUCAGAGUCUUACUAACCCCAGACCCGUAAGUGGAGAAUCAACAGAUAUGCAAUCCGCAGCUUCUACCCCAACAAUGAAUGUCAUUAGACAUGCCAUUGAGAGGCAGAAGGGUGUUGAGGAUCCAUCUCAGUCAAUCCCAUUGCUCCCAAAAGUACUUCAACAGGGAGGUGUUCAGGUUGUUUCACACGGUCAUUUAAAACAGGAAGAAAGAGAGGCAUAUCCAAAAGAGGCUGAUAGACAAUCUGAAAAAGACCAAAGACAAGUUACAGGAUUGGGUAACCAAAUGAACAAUUCUAGUACUUCGUCAGCGUCAGGGAAGGUUGUCAUUGAGAAGGAAUCCGGGACUGUCCAUCCACUUAUAGAUGAUUUCAGCGAGGCCUCUGGGAGCCUUGUCCGCCGUCGUCGCUCUGUAGGUUCAGCUCUGAUCCCAGCUGAGUGCAAUGCCGAGAAGAAAGCCGUGAAUGGACGCAAUGGGAAACAACGGCGCAUGUCGGAGGGCGAAGCUGCAUUGCACCCUAAGGAUUCUUCGAGUGACGACGGUCUCCACGCUGUGCAGGAAACGGAUCACAAUUCGGCUGCAAUCCCGAAGGAGAUGUCGAUGGACCGAGAAAUGGAAACCGCCACUGUUUCACACAUAUCCGAAACCGAAGCCAAGGAGACCAAACCAAGAAAUCAAAAGAAAACAAAGAUGGGUGUACCAGGGAAGAAUCUAGAUGAAAAUGCGACUCGGACGAAUGCUGUUGCCAGUCCGGAUGACGGGAGAACCCCCGGCGUUAAGUCACCUGCUGAAACAAACGUCAAUAUCCAAAUCACUUUGGCCACAAAGGACGUCGAGACCGUCCACAUCGGCGAUGUACACAACAAACGCGACUGCCAUACUUGCUGCCAACGGGCUAUCGCACAACAUCCACUCAACGACGACGACAACGAAGCCGACAUCGACGGAGAAAAUGAAAAAUUGCUCAACGAAUGUAUGACUUCUUCCCAAUCUGACACUGGUUAUGUUGCUAGUAAUGGUGUAAGCCCUGGCAAUGGCGACACGGAAGACGAUUUCGGCGAGCAGGGAAAAUUGCUUGAUCCUACAUCACUCUAGAUAUUUAAAUGAACUUUUUGUCCACGUUUCCAUACUUUCAACAUCGUAUAACUUGAUUUAUAUCAAUGAAUAGAAGCUCACAACCAAUUUUAGUAUUUGAUUACCAGGAAUGUAUUUAUGCAUUGUAUGACACCACUCCUAAGUCUAGCCUAGUUAGAAAUUUGUCCGAAUUCAUAAGUAGUUUCUGACAAAAACAAAAUUCAAACGAAAGUUGGUGCGGUGGUACUUACAUCGUUCUGAAAUAAUCAAUGAGUAUUCAUGCAAAUGACAAAGUUGAGUCAAUAAAACUACCCGAUGAUACUGUUUGGUUAAUUAUUUUCAAACUUGAUUUUUUUUAGGAUUCAAAAUCUUUUAUGAUAUUAAUUUUGUAUAUUUGUUUAUGUAUUGGGUGAUAUUGAAUAUCACAUUUAUGGUGUUUAUAUUCAGAAGAUUUAUGGGAUAUUGACUAUCAUAUAUUAGGGUUAUCAUAGCAAGUGUAAAGUAAGUUGGUUAUGUGGUUUGUAUUUAUUUUACCUUCAUAUCGCAUGGUUGUAUCUGGCAUGUCUUACUGUUUUAAUCCGAUAUGAAUUUUUAAGUUGUAUUGAAGUGCUGCAUUACUAUUUUAGAUAGACUGCAUAAGAUUUACUUAAUGGGCUAAUGAAAGGUUCCUGUCUAGGACACUGCCGUGAAAUAUCUGUCGAUGAAAAUACCACUUGCUUUUCAUUUUCUUGUCCUCAGUUGUUAUUUUCAUACAAAAACAAGGACAGCAUUUUGAACAGAUAUUCUUUAAACUUUUAUUCUCUAUUUCGUGCACAAGCUGUCUCAACAUAUUACAUCUGAAUAACGUAGUUGGGGGCAGAGCCCACCCAAACAACAAUAAUUGGUAGCAAUAUCAAGAAAAACAUCAUACAAUCAUAAUUCAAAAGAAAUCAUCUACAUCGGAUGUAAAAUAUAACAUUUUAAAGUAGAGAUGAUUAUCAAAUAAAUCACUGUGACUAAUUAUGAAGACUAAUUUAAAAUUCAAACGGGUUGAACAAUUCUAGGGUGGGGGUAUUAUAUUACAUAGACAAUAAUUCCCUCCUCGCCUAGAUCAGCCAAUGUUGCAUGUGUCCAUCAUAGUUAUAAUGGACUAUAAAAUGUAUUAAAUAGAAUAAUGAUAGAUAUAAUAAUUAUGUUUAUCAUAUUAAAUGCUGCCUGCGUA